UAGAAUCCUUCUGACUCCCAAGCCCACUCUCUAUCCACUAGACCACACUGCUUCCUUCUUGUAUCCUGUCUGGUUUAUUGUGUUUUCAGCCAGUAAACAGUUGAGUACACAUCACCUCUCCCCUGGGAGUCCCAUUCCCCUGGGAUGCUCUGCAUCCACCAUAUCACAGCUGUUCCUGGAGAAGAAAGCCACCGGCGUAUGUACAGACUAGAUUACUUGAAACAAUUUCACCAAAAAGUGAUGUUUUUUUCCAUUCAAAAACAUACAGCUGGUUCUGGAAAGGUUGGAUCUAUUUUGGUUUGGUUUGACCAUAUUAUAACAUGAGUUGUUAUGUUUAAAGUUGCCGUAAAUAUCUAAUGAGCUAGUCUUCCUCCUUAGAGCUUUGUCUGAAGGUUUUAGUUCUCAUCGCUCCUAGCGAGACGGGCGGAAGAUGGAUGUUCCUUUGUGCGUUGAAGUUUCUUAAUCUAUCAACUGGGACUUGAAAAUCAAUUACUGGUGGGCAGUCUGCAUUGCCUUGCAGAGCCUGUAGAUGGCCUUGUAUUCCACGGACUCUUCUUUCCAGCGCUUCACCACAUCUAGGAGCAGAGUAGAGACGUAUCCGAGGGUACAUCCAGGUAUGGGGCUUUGCUCCCCCUUCCUUCUGUGGUGCUACUGUCUCCUGCUGAUGCUGCCUGAGACAACUGGGCACAACAGAAGAGAAAAGCAGUGGGACGGCGGGGAGCAGCAGAGUACGCAGUCUUUCUGGGCGGAUUUCUCGGGCCUGAAGAAGCAUCUGAAGAUCAUGACUGCCCUCUCAAGACGGUACUGGGCUUACCUCUCCUGCAGAGUGUGGCCCCAGGACUGCAAGGAGAGAGAGAAGACGACCUCCGAGGCACCGGGUUGGAAACUGCCCCUGUUAGGCCAGCAAUACUUGGAGAUCUUUUCCACCUGGUACUGCCGCUUUCAGGACUGUUGUGCAAGUGGAGACUGUAGAAUCAUCAACAAUAUAACAGGCUUGGAGUCAGACCUGAGCAUCCGGCUGCACGGCCAACACCUGGCCCGGCAUGUAGUCCUGAAAGCCGUGCGGGACUUCCUGGCCUUGCCCCAUCCAGAGAAGGCCCUUGCCCUAUCUUUCCACGGCUGGUCAGGCACAGGCAAGAACUUUGUGGCCAGAAUGAUGGCGGACAACCUGUAUCGAGACGGGCUAGGCAGUGAGUGCGUCAAGGUGUUCAUCUCUCUGUUCCACUUCCCGCAUCCCAGAUAUGUGGAUCUGUACCAGGAGCAGCUGAAGCAACACAUCGGGGAAACGGUGGGGCGAUGCCGGCAAGCACUGUUUGUCUUCGAUGAAGCCGAGAAGCUCCACCCGAGCCUUCUGGAUACCCUCAAGCUCUACCUGCACCCCCACCACAGUACAAAGGAACAGGACUGCCGGAGAGCCAUCUUCCUCUUCCUCAGUAAUCUUGGGGGCAACACCAUCAAUGAGCUGGUGUUGAGUUUUCUGCAGAUGGGCCAGCCGCGAGAGGAGAUCACGCUGGAGAGUCUGGAGCAGCCCCUCCGGGCCGAGCUGCUGGCAUCCACAGACAGCGGCUUUGGCCACAGCAGCCUCGUGAAGGAGAACCUGAUCGACUUCUUUGUCCCCUUUUUGCCGCUGGAAUUCCGCCACGUGAGGCUGUGCGCGCGUGAUGCCUUCGAGGGCCGGGGCCUCCAGUACAGCGAGGAAGCCCUGGAUGAGAUCGCCAAGAUGAUGGUUUACGUCCCCAAGGAGCAGAAACUCUUCUCUGCUCAGGGCUGCAAGUCCAUAGCCCAGAGAAUCAACUACUUCCUACCUUGAUGGCCCACCCGCAGGGGCUGACCCGGGCCAGCCCGGCCCUCCACCAGGGUGCCAUACGGAAGGGUCCCGGGGAGAAGAAAUCAGCCGGUGAUGUUGGUCUGGCUCUUGGGACUUUCUGGGGUUGGGAAAGAAGGGGCCAAGCCGGGUCUUAACUGCCCCGGUCCGGCGCCCC